GUGAUUUCUUUUUCCGCUCCCAUCAUAUCUCGGUCAUUCAACAAGCACGGCAAUCCCCAACCAUGUCAUUGAGUCGGUCGCCCCCGUCUCCUCUGACUCUCGCCGCCCCUUUCGCGACCACCGCGGGAGGGAAUGGCGGCCGCCACCAGCUCCUCCUACCGCACCGGAGCUGGACGAACCCUAAUCUCGCGGCGUCAACAAGAGUGGGAGGAGGUGCGUCGGUUCGGUGCAUGGCGAACCAGCGGCGGGUGAAGAUGGUGGCGAAGCAGAUCCAAAGGGAGCUGUCCGAUAUGUUGCUCACUGACAAGGUCCUCCAGUACGCCGUCCUGCCUGAGGCAUCCCUGGGCGCCGAUCGCUACCUCUCCUCCCUCACCACCAUUAGCGGCGUUGAGGUCUCCGGCGACCUCCAGGUUGUUAAGGUAUAUGUGUCGGUCUUUGGUGAUGAACGAGGAAGAGAGGUUGCUAUUGCUGGACUCAAGUCGAAAGCCAAGUAUGUGCGUAGUGAACUGGGGAGACGUAUGAAGUUGCGCCUGACUCCCGAAAUACGUUUUAUCGAGGAUGAGUCCCUAGAAAGAGGAAGCAGGGUGUUGGCAAUAUUGGAUAGGUUAAAAGAAGAGAAGAAGAGUUCAAAAGGUAAUGAUGUUAAACAGCUUGAACCCCUGAAUUCAUCUGAAGAAGAUGGAGAUGGGGAUAUGGAUGAUGAAGAUGAAGGCAUCAUUUACAUUAAGUAAGGCUGCCAUCUGUACAGAAGGAACUGUUGGAGCUAUAGUUCCAAAAUGACAUGGGUAUGCCAAUCAAAUUGUGGCAAGAAAAAGAGGCCAUGCAUUGGACUAGCAAUUUGCCUUUGUGAAGCUAACCUCAACCUUGUCCUUGAAACAGUUAUUUUCCCUGGAUAAAGCCUGCUUUUUUAAAAUAUUUAUCAAAUAUAAUUAACUGUUUCCACCAAAAAAACCAUUUGGCAAGCCACCUUUGCAGUCUGAUGCUUGUCACAUGGAAGUGAAGAGUAAAGGCAGAUUACAGCAAGUUGUUAAGUUGAUGACUAAUGCCAUGUAUGGAUCAUUAGUAAAUUUCUGAAACUUCUGAAUAGUAAAUUUUGUAGCUAUGUUGUAAAAAAUGGUACAAAGCAAAUAUAGCUUUUA